AUGAAGCUAUUUCUACUGAUGUUUCUCCUUCUGCUGUGUCAUGGCAAACCUUAUCGGCCAGUUGAUAUCAUGGAUGUGAUGAAUAUCCAUGACAUCAUGAUGCAAGACUUUGGGGAUGAUGAUGAUGAUGAUGAUGAUGAUGAUGAUGACGACUAUGACAAUGAUUUACUGGACUGUCCUCGUGACUGUGAAUGCUCACUAAAAGUUGUUCGGUGUUCAGACAGGGCAUUAGGACAGGUUCCAGAAAAAAUUCCAGUAGACACUGCGAUGCUCGAUCUCCAGAAUAAUUACAUCUCUGAAAUCAAGGAGGAUGACUUCAAAGGCCUGAGCAACCUUUAUGCCUUGUUCUUGCUCAGCAAUGAAAUCACAAAGAUUCAUCCCCGGGCUUUCAGAGAUAUGAAUAAGCUGAAACUACUUUACUUGUCUUACAACAUGCUGACUGAAAUACCAGCCAACUUGCCGAAGAGUAUUCUGGAGCUGCGUCUCAGUGAUAACAACAUCAACCGGAUCCAGAAAGAUGUUUUCAAGGGCAUGAUGUCCUUGCAAGUUUUAGAGAUGACUGCCAACCCAAUUGCAAACAGUGGUAUUGAACUUGGUGCUUUUAAUGGCAUGUCUACUUUAUUUCUGCGGAUUGCUGAAGCAAAGCUGACAACAGUGCCCAAAGAUCUGCCAUCUGAUCUCAUUGAUCUUAAUCUGGACUACAACAAAAUCGCUAAAGUGGAGGUGGAGGACUUCUACAGAUACAAAAAGUUGCAAAGAUUGGGUUUAGAGUUCAACCAAAUCAAGUAUGUGGAAAAUGGAAGCCUUGCCAGCAUUCCCAACAUAAGAGAAAUUCGCUUGGACAAUAACAAACUGAAGAGAGUUCCACCAGGUUUGAAUUCACUUAAGUAUCUCCAGGUUUUGUUACUUCAUGCCAAUAAAAUUCAAAGUGUGGGAGUAAAUGACUUCUGCCCUGUUGAUGCAUCGGUGAAAAAGGCCCUCUUCACUGGCAUCAGCCUCUUUGCCAAUCCCAUUAGGCAUUGGCAGAUUCAGCCAGCUGCAUUCCGCUGUGUUUCAAGCCGAGGAAUCCAUAUGGGUAACAGGAGGAAGUGAGCAACAAAGAUAAUGUUGUCUGUUCUUGCCCUAGAUGGGUUUAUUCCGUCUCCAUAUGUAGCAACAACUUUUCAUCACGUUUAGCGAUCUACACAAGCUACUACCACUAGUCAUUGCCUGUAGUUCUCCAGAAUCUGCACGGUUUUGGAGGCACAGCAGAUUCUUGCUACUUGAAUAUGAACAGUGAAUUGAAAGAAAUGAAUCCAAUGACAAUUAUCUGGUAGAGGAAAGCUCUGAAGAGAUCACAUUUAAGAUGGUGCUAAUGACCUGAUUUUUUUCUUUUCAUUUUCUUAAAAACCAUAUUGAAGGUUUGUAGGUUUAGAAAGUACCUUAUGUUUAUUUGCAGUCAUAUUCAUAUAGUCAAUGCCCAGAAAGUCAUGAGUCAUGAUUUCAGCGAUCCCCUUUUCCAGCAUGAUCUGAACACAACAAACAUCUGUCCAAACCAUAGUAUGUCCUGGAUAUUGUUACAGUAAGAGUGCAAGGAACAUCAUUUCUUUUCCACUGACUUGUUGUUAAUGUGGUAAAAUACUGGCCUGUCCUUUAUCCUGGUAGUAAAAUAUUAAAUGGUCUCAAACUA